AUGUCUACUGUAGAACCUUAUGAUAGAUCGAGGUUGAUCGAUUCCAAAGGUAGACCAGUGGUAGGCAAUGUCAUUAAUUCAGAAAAUGUGCUACCGUUAUUAAAUCAUGGGUAUAAUAAGUAUAAUCUUGAACAAGAAAUCAAAUUAGUACCUCCCUUAUCCUUUGAUAAGAUCUUGGAUGCUCCGGUUUCUAUGGUAGCCAAUCUAAACAUUCAGCCAGGAGAUGAUGGGUUUAUAUUUUGGUUCGUAACUUCCUCAAUAGUACCUUUGAUAUCUGCUUGUGUGGCUCCAAUAGCUAACAUGAUCUCAAUUAUUGGUUUGGCCGAAUCUUGGAGAGCUGAUACCUCCACAGGGAAAAUCAUUAGUGACCCUGCUGAUUUAAGAGUGCUAAACAUCUUGAGUCUUUGCUUCGGUUUGAUAGGGAAUAUAUCAUUAUUUGUCAAUUUCAGAACCACUAAGAUGUAUAUUAUUGCCCAAACAAUAUCGAUAUUCUCCUGGAUAAUGGCAUGUAUAUUACUUCUAAUAGCUGUUUUGCUAUUGGCUUAUCGGGAGAUAUCAGACACUCAGGUAGCCACUGAAGGUUAUUGGUUAUCGGGGUUUACUAUUGUAUUUUAUUUCUCGUGUACUGUAACCAUGUCAUUGAACUGUAUGGGGUUUAUCAUGGGGAAGUAUCCCCCUUUACUCAAUUUAAACAAAAGUGAACGAGGGCUUAUGAUAUAUACGGCUUGCUUGGCCUUAUGGUUGGUCAUAGGGGCUUUGGUGGUGAAACAUCUUGUGGUGGAUAUAAGUUAUGGAGCAGGAUUAUAUUUUUGUAUGGUAUCUGUUCUCACCAUUGGUUUGGGAGAUAUCUUACCUAGAAAAGAUGGAGCCAAAGCAUUCAUACUUAUAUUUUCGUUGGUUGGUGUGAUAUUAUUGGGUCUUGUGAUAUCAAUGAUUCGUCAAGUUCUGCAUAACACCGAACAACCAGUUUUUCUUUGGCACAGAAUGGAAGUUGAGCGUAAGAAGGUGCUAAAAAUCAUAGAAAAGCGUGGAUACACCCUAACUAAUGAAGAUGCAUUCAAAAUCAUGAGAAAAAUUGAUCAUAAGCUGAAAGCUGAAAAGGAGAUGUAUGGAUUAUUGGUUACUUUGCUAGUGUUUUGUAUAUUUUGGCUCAUAGGAGCUUGCGUGUUUCACUAUAUUGAAAAUUGGUCUUAUUUUGAAAGUGUUUACUUUUGCUUACUUUGUUUGAUCACUAUUGGUUACGGAGACUUCGCUCCAGAGACAGCUCUUGGAAGAGUUUUCUUUAUAACUUGGGCCAUAUCAGCAGUUCCGUUGAUGACUAUUCUUAUUUCCAAUAUGGGUGACACUUUAUUUGGAACUUCAGGAGUGAAACAAUUAAUAUUGGAAAUCAAAUAUCUGAUCCAAUCAUUAUUGUCGACCACCACCAAGAGCUUAAGCAGCGAUCCCAUUAUCCAUGAUUUAGAGGCUUUCCAAUCAUCAAGUAGUUCAGGGAGCCAAAUCAAACCCGAUCCUGGGAUUGAUGAUGUUUUAGAUGGUACAAGUCAAAUCUAUCGAGUCAACCAUUGGAAGAAUUCUCUUAGCGAUUUUUCCGAUGUUGGUCUUGCUGAAAAGGUAAAAACUCACAGAAAAGGUCUAGUAAACAUUCUUGAAUUCUUAAACCAGCUUAAACCUUUAAUUGAAGAUACUUUGGAUACACCUUCAAUGGAAUAUGAUCAUGAACAAUGGAGUAAGCUUAUACGAACCUUGAAGAAAUUUGAAGAUAUCGAAUUCUCGCCAAUGACUUGGCUAGGUGAUGAUUCUCCCCUCAGAUUACCUUUACAAGAGCCAAAUUAUUUCAUUUCCAGGAUAUUCUUCCGUAUAGAAAGUGAACUUUUGACUUUGAUUAAGACAUCUGAUCAAGAAUUAGAGGAUUUAUUGAAGGUGGGACAACAAAACGGACCAAAAAAUGGACCAGAAAAUGGACCAGAAAAUGGACCAGAAAACGGACUACAAAGCCAAGAAGAAGAUUAA